GGCGGCCCGCCCUAGCCGCCCGCCCGCGUUCCACCGUUGGGCGACUUUCCUCGCUACCGGAACUUUACAGUGAAAUGUGGAUAGCCUUAAACUAGUGGAAAACUUGACCAAAUGAUGACAAAAUAAUGAACAGAAAUAUUAGUAAAGUGUUGUUUAUGAAUGGGGAAACAAAAGAUUUUGGGUUGAUUGAUUUGACGUGAAUUAUAACCUAAGUCUAGAUAGCCCAAGAUCAUCAUAAAUCUUAAUACAAAAUAUGUUGUGAGCAAAAACUCCAGUGUAGUUAGGAAUCAAAUAAAGACCAAAGUGAAAAUGUGAAAGUGACGUGGUAUUUCGUGAAGCGUGAAGUAUGUUUCCACCAUGAGGAGAUGGCAAGCGGCAUUUUACCUGAUCGUCAUAUGGACAGAUAACAGCCUGGUGAUGUCUCUUCUAUCAGGGAACAGCAUCCUGAAGAUCAUCCCUGAUUUUCUGAACUCUAAAGUGACGGAGUCGACGACUGAAGAGCCGAAUCGCACGGUGCUGGUGAUGUCAACUGUGCUGGUGAGGAACGUGGUGGAAACUACGUCACAGGAGACGCUAGAGACUACAGCUGGAUCUUAUGAGAACCUACCAGACCCUCCAGACGAGUCGUAUCCAGUGCAGUACGCUGGGGUCCCGCAGAAUCUGCAGGUUUUCCCCCUACCGCUGCCCGGGGCCGACCACGAGCUGAUGUUCAACGUGUCCUGGGAAUCGUCUUUAGGAGAGUUCUGA